UCUCAGCCUUGGUUCUCAACCUGCUGACCCACGUGUGCACACAGGCGUCCACAAACAAUUGGCCUCACAGGACAGAGCUGUACGAGGACCCCCCUCUGGGAUGCUGGCCCAUUGUGUAUUCCCCCGACUACAACAUCACCUUCAUGGGACUGGAGAAGCUGCACCCCUUUGAUGCAGGGAAAUGGGGGAAAAUCAUCAAUUUCUUGAAAGAAGAAAAACUAAUUGCAGAUGACUUGAUUGUGCAGGCACGGGAGGCGACUGAUGAAGAUCUCUUGGUUGUUCACACCAGGCGCUACCUUAAUAAAUUAAAGUGGUCAUUUGUUGUGGCUACAAUCACAGAAAUUCCACCAGUUGCCUUUCUUCCCAAUUUCAUUGUUCAGAGAAAAGUUCUGAAACCUCUACGAACCCAGACAGGAGGAACAAUAAUGGCAGGAAAGCUUGCUGUGGAGAGAGGCUGGGCCAUCAACGUGGGGGGUGGUUUCCAUCACUGCUCCAGUGACAAAGGGGGAGGAUUUUGUGCAUAUGCUGACAUCACACUGGCCAUCAAGUUCUUAUUUGAGAGAGUACAAGGAGUGUCUAGAGCCACAAUUAUUGAUCUGGAUGCCCAUCAGGGAAAUGGCCACGAGAGAGACUUUAUGGAUGAUCCUCGGGUUUAUAUUAUGGAUGCAUACAAUAGAUAUAUUUACCCAGGGGAUGGUUUUGCUAAACGUGCCAUAAAACGCAAGGUGGAACUGGAGUGGGGCACAGAGGACACCGAGUACCUGCAGAAGGUGCAGACCCACGUGGAGGGAGCCCUGAAUGAAUUCAAGCCUGACAUCAUUGUUUACAAUGCUGGCACUGACAUUCUGGAUGGGGACCCCCUGGGAGGCCUGGCCAUUUCCCCCCAGGGCAUUGUGAAGAGGGACGAGGUGGUGUUCAGGGCUGCCAGGAGCCGCGGGGUGCCCGUGCUGAUGGUGACAUCCGGGGGGUACCAGAAGAGGACGGCGCGCAUCAUCGCCGACUCCAUCCUCAACCUGCACAGCCUGGGGCUCCUGGGCAGGCAGCAGCCAGCCUGUGCUCUUGGGAGUCCCAGCCUGGAUCAGAUGGUCAGAGACUCUGCCAAGGACUUCAGUAACUUGUCACUGCAGUGACAGGGCACUGAAUGUUGGUCACAUAACCCAGAGGCAAUACAGAGUAACUCUGUCUAACUGCUGAAUUUAUCUUGAGCUAAGGCAACACAUCCUUUUAAACUAAUGGAGAUAUGCACUCAAGGGUACUGUCUUUGUGUCUAAUGUUGCUGUAGAAAGCUUAAUUUGCUUCUCUGAUUAAA